CUCGCUCUGGUUUCGCGUGACUGAUAACUGUGAGAUGACAUUCAUUGUCUUAUCGUUCACUUGUUGAAGGCCGUACAGUCUGUGAUGGCUAGUGAUCGGCAUUGCUUUGAGUGUUACGGGUGAAUGCAUCUCCGUCACUCGAUCACAUCAACGACUGCAGCAGACAGAGUCAUGAAAUACAGUCUCAUCAGUGACAUACUCAACAUUGUCAUUCCAGGACGAGACAUUCCUGACGUUCGAUGGAACAAAAUUCCUGCCAAGAAAGCUCUUGGUAACUUUGAUGUAUUGUAUGAUGAAGAGCUGGAGAGGCUUGCUCAUCUGUCUGAUACUGCAGAUGGUCGUGAUGGGAAAUCGAGAGCAGCAGCUGCAGGACGCAGCCAAACUGGCAAAGAUGGGAAGAAGCAGCUAACCAUUUGGAAGUGAAAUGAGAUAAGCCACAAGCAAGUGAUGGAAAUUUAGUUGAUAUUACUUAAAUGCACUCAAUCUCUUGCCGCAGGGUUACUGGUUGGUGAUUUCACAUGUGGAAAACUGUGGGAGUGUGUUUGCUGUACUAGCUGAGCUGAUACUAUGCCAUUUGUUUGCUGUAAAUAAUGUUUCAUAGUUUAUAAAUUCUUUCUGUGUUGUUGACUGACAUUACUGGAUGUUUGCUGACUUGAGGCAGCAAGUACACAGAGACAGACAGACUGGAGAAUGACAAACAGACUGGAUGGAUGGCUCACAGGGUCGUCUGCAGAGCAAAUGAAUAAACAGAUAAACAGAUAAACAUACCAGGGAACGUAAAGAAUUAUUUACAUCAAAUACAACAUGUAGC